AUGGGAAAACAAGGGCCUUGUUACCACUGUGGUAUCCAUAGUACACCACUUUGGAGAAAUGGACCACCUACGAAACCAGUGUUAUGUAAUGCUUGUGGAUCAAGGUAUAGAAAUAGAGGAAGUCUUGAUAACUAUGCACCUAAACAUGCUCAAACCCAACCGAUUGCUAAGAGACCAAGAAUUAGCUCAAACAAACAUUCAAACCAUAACGGUAACUUAAGAGCAGAACAAUCUGAGGAUCUCUUUACUAAUGAUGGUGUCUGUUAUUCUACUAACUCCGAUGAAUUUACGAGCGAUAAACCUAGCUCCGAUCACUCUCCUGUAUCGAAUCCUCGCCAGAAUAGUUACGAAAAUGUAGAAGAAGGGAAUGUCAAUGAGAUACAAGAUGAAGUCCAAGGAAACUUAUGGAAGUCAUCAAGAAAGAGAUCAUUAGUGGCAUAUCGCAGGCUUACACCAAUUGAGAGACUCCAAAGAGAUCUUUAUAGAAUUUUAAAGAACCAUUCAAUCUUGUCUGAAACUGAAGAAGAUUUGCUUAUCUACAAUGCCAACAAUCCCCAAAUAUGUUGCAAUGAAAUAGGCCUUGGAAGCAUUCUUCUUCAUCAAAAUGCUAUGCCAUUUAAAGACUCAAAAGCUAAUAAUUGCUAUAAAACUGCCAUUGUAGUUAAGUUUGAUGUUUUUGCUAUAAUUACCAUGAAAAUCGAUUAA